AUGAAUUUACAGCCUUCAGAGGCAACAGUUAUUGCAAACUGUUUAGGACAUGGUACAGAGACCAUACCUAACUUAAACGGAACGCGCCUUGGUGUAGCUUUCCCCUCAAACAUGUGGGAUUCAACCGUCCUAGGUCAGUAUCCUGAAGCGUUGAGACCUUUGGGACAGGCAAUACGGAGGGAGACUGAGCUCAUUAAAUCUGCCCUUCAGAGGCAUGCUUCUCUGGUACAAAAUUAUGGUCUACCAACAUAUACUACAGUGAUAUCUAUUCUGCAACAUACAUAUGUCAGAGCCCUGCUAUUUAACCUCAAUGGUAUUUGUGAAUCAUGUCACAAGUCUAUAGUUGACCUGGACAAUCUAUCUGAAAAAGGAGAGCAAGCACUAGAAAGUCUAGCAGCUGUGCUGUUGAGUGGUACUAUGGACUAUGACCGCAGACAAGCAAUGGACCGACUGAGAAACGGUUUGAAGGCGGUCUCGGCAUUGACAUCACAGCUCGAAGUUCAGGUAUUAGCCAGCAUGGAGGAGACAAAUGCUGCAACAUAUGGACUUCAAAAAAACGACCAGUAUCUUCAAACGGUGAUAAGUAACUUAGUGCGGCCCCUGUUGGGAACGAUAACCAUCAUGGCGGCUCCCCCACCUUCCCACAUCAUGUAUGAUCCUGAUCCUAAUUCACCGAGGCAUAGUCGCGAGUUCAUUGCGGCUGAUAGAAAAGCGCAAAUAGCACGAGCAGAUUUUUGUGACACCUUCGAAUCGGCAGUAUGGAGAUCUGAGGAGUCCUCGGCAACCAAGCCUCCUACUGAAGCGGAAGAAGUGACGUUGGGAGCAGCAAGGACGCUACUGGUAGCCGCAAUUGAAGGGGCCAGAUUUUUCACCUCUGGCUCAAGCAGUAUACCCAUGAGGGAAAGACAUGACAAUGAUGAUCAAAUGGAGGUUGAUGGUACGGAGGAGGAGGAUGAGCCGGCCAAUGAUACGGAGGGAUGA